ACUAUUACAAAAGCCCCAUCGCUACAAACAACAUCAACAGCCAUGCGUUACUCUAUCUUUGCUCUUGGUCUCGUUGCCUUUAUUUCCAGUGGCAAAGCCGAUUGCCAUCAUCCAAGUGCCCCUCCAGAUACCGGUGAUAUUUCUCUGUACCGUGGUAGAAACUGCGUUGGAAGGUACCUUAACGUUGCCGCCAUGGACACUUGCCAGGAUUGGCCUGAAUUUGACGCCUGCUCUGCCAUUACCAGGAAAGGUGUGACCUGCGACAUCUACAAGUCUGAUGGAUGCAGUGGGGAUUAUGUUACUACAAUCGACUCUUCCGGGUACCGCCAAUUCUGCGGCCUAGGUCCGGAAACGAUUCAAAGUGUUCGAUGCCGUGCAGCCUAAAAGGAAAUAAAGGAAAGAAAACGAACGAGCGCAUAAUUCCCAUAUAGUUAAUAAAC